AUGGCAUUCAUACAACGCCUAGAAGUUAAACUUCAACGACCAAAUGCCAUAUUCGAAUCCUGGCUAGAAAAAUGGCUCGAAGAGGCUGAGAAAAAAGACAGUCGAUCUAAAUACAAAUUACGUGAAGCAUUGGAAGCUUUAAAAAUGUAUCCAUUGCCAUUGGCAUCUGGCCGGGAAUGUGCUAUUUUAAGGGGAUUUGGUUCGACACUGUGCAACCUAAUCGAUGAGGAAAUGCGUCAACAACGGGAAAAAGCCCAAACAAUUAACCUCAACAGUAGUCUCUAUGAGCAGGAUAUCAAAGAGGUAGUGGAAUCGGUGAAAAAGAGCAAAAGCAAAACAGCCCCAGUCAAGGAGAAAGCAACCAAACUCACAAAGAAACAACAGAAGGCACUCGAGGAAGAAGAGGAGCGUGUCAAACAAGUAACAAUGAGUGCUGGAUCAUUCCGGGUAAUUCUUAUCGUAGACACACAGGAGACCACUGGUAAAAACAAAAAAACUCUAGAUCAAACCAGAGGCUAUUUAGAGUCGCUGCAUGUUGAGUAUGAAGUUCGUCGUCUUACUGUUGGUGAUUUUCUUUGGAUUGCUCGUGAUAAGGAGGGUAACGAACUGGUAUUGCCCUAUAUUGUGGAGCGUAAGCGAAUGGAUGAUUUAGCUUCCAGCAUACGUGAUGGCCGUUUUCGUGAGCAAAAACAUCGCUUAAAACAUAGUGGAAUUCAGCAUGUAAUCUAUUUAGUUGAAGAUUAUGGAGACAAUGAACAUGUUGGCCUUCCUCUGGAAAAUCUCAAACAAGCACUAAGUAACACGCUAAUACACAGUCAAUUUUCCAUAAAACGUACUGAAAAUCAUCGCCGUUCAAUGACGUAUCUGCAGGGUAUGUCCCAGAUGUUGAUACGUGUCUAUAAGGAUAAAGUUCUCCUGAGUUGUGACAAAGAAGAUAUACAACCACAUAAACCUAGCCAAAGAAUGGUCGGUUUAUUGAAAUUCAAAUCACUGUAUGAAGAUUCAGCCCGCAAUGCUCUCCUGACAGUGCGUGAAGUUUUCGUACAACAAUUGUUGCAAUUACAUUCGCUGUCACUGGAAAGAGCGAUGGCAAUUGUUGAAUUAUAUCCCACACCUCGGUGUCUUAUGGAAGCCUAUGAUAAUUGUAUAACACCGGAUGAAGCAAAGAAUCUUUUGGCAAAUUUACGAUUUGGUCAAUUGGAAAGACCGAUGGGUGAAAAAAUUAGUCAAACCAUACAUGACUUUUAUCGCAGUGAGUUUUAA